AGGCGAACAACACGAACCAAUUGGUGAGUACUGUAGCAAACAAAAGGAUAUCUAGUAAAAUGAGAAUCGAACCCGCUCUCAUGGCCUGCAGCGGUGGCAUUCCUCAGCUCUCUCACAGACUCAUCGACUCUCUGGCCUUCCGCUUUACCGCCAAAGCUUUUCGCGCUUUCCCCAAGGGGCUUACGACGUCGUUCCCAGUUAGUUCCACCCAGCAAGCUUUUCACAAAGUUCUCACUUGUGCCUCCGACGAUGAUGUCUUCACUUGGGACGACGUCGUUAGGAUAUCCAAACCGGAAACCCUUCCGGACGACCCUUCAGAUCUCAGGGGCUACUGGGAAAAGAUCAAAAUCUGCAAUCGCAGACUGGAAUCCCAAUCUGAGUUCCUUUCCUUUGUAAUUGAGGACCAAAUCGUUGGUUACAUUCACAAAGGUUUUGCCGAGAAUUUACGUAGUUUCAAGGACGUGUUUACUUUCCCACCAGAAAAUUCAGACUCUAAUGGCAGUUCAAUAACCUUGCAUUCAUCGCUGAACACAGAUGAGGACAGGACGAGAGCGGUGGGAGAUGUAAUCAAAAGCUUAGGGGAAGAACAUAUUCCAGGUAUAAGGAAUGAGCUAUACCCUGUGACAUCAUCCUUUGGGGCAUCCAUAUUUUUCUCUCUAGAACGUGCAGCUGCUCCUUAUUUUGGAAUAAAGGCUUAUGGAGUGCAAAUGAAUGGCUAUGUUGAAAAGGAUGGGAAGAAGUUUCUAUGGAUAGGGAAGAGAAGUCAACAGAAAACCACUUAUCCAGGGAUGCUUGAUCAACUAGUUGCUGGGGGACUGCCUCAUGGGGUUGCAUGUGGGGACAAUGUUGUAAAGGAAUGUGAAGAGGAAGCCGGAAUACCCAGUUCCAUUUCUAGUGUAGCUAUACCAGUUGGUGCUGUUUCAUAUAUGGACAUUGAUGGGUAUAGAUUCAAAAGGGAUGUUUUGUUUUGCUAUGAUUUAAAACUUCCGGAGAGUUUCACGCCUAAGAAUCAAGAUGGAGAGGUGGAGAGCUUCAAGUUGAUCCCUGUGAUGGAUGUUGCAAACAUCAUACAAAGGACACAAUUUUUCAAGCCAAAUUGCUCUCUUGUCAUCAUUGAUUUCCUGUUUCGACACGGGUACAUUAGGCCCGAAUGCUUUGGAUACCUGGAUCUACUACAAAGUUUGAGAAGUGGUGAUUGUUCGUAAUUGUAUAAAAAUAAAUAAUAAUAAUAAAAUUCCUUUUUGGCACUGCCUAAUUGUAUUUUUCUUUUUAACUGUUCUGAUUCUUCCCCCAAAAUUAUACAAGCUGUGUGACAAAUUUUGAAAA